AUGGGGCCUCCCGCAGCAGCGACGGGGGUGAUCCUCUCCAGCCGAGAAGGCGUUGUGGCAGCGGCAUGCUGCAUAGGCAACCAGCUGGCGGAUGUCUUGCCGCCUUUCGUUAUGGGCGGGGCCCCCGACGAUGGGGCGAAGGGGGAACGAGCCUCGCGCUCCUUCACGCGCAGCUUCCUGCGGCUGCAGCAGAAGUUUCACGGUCGAGCGGAGCAGCUCCAGGUGCAGCAGCAGCAGCAGCAGCAGCAGGAAUCGACAGCGUGCAACGGCUCUGCGAGACCCCUGCAUUGGCCGGAAGGGGACGCGGCACAAACUCCAUCAAACGGGGAGUGCACGACAGUGGAAGGCGCUGACGACUUGAACAUCGACGGCGUCAUCUCUGCUUUGCUGGAUCGCAGCCACGCAGGUUCCUCUCCCCCACCUGCAGCAACGGGAGCGGCACGUGCAGCAGCAGCAGCGCCAGAAGCAGCAGACAGGGCCGGCGAGUCGAAGCAUUUCGCAGGAGUAGAGCCUCUUAGCAGCGAGCAGAUACAUCAACAACUGCGACUGCAGCUCUUGGCCACACGUUACUUGCAACAGGGGCGUCCCCCACCUCCCGCUCUAAUGCAUGCAAUAGCGGCUGCCCUUCCCGACUCCGUGAGGGAGGAGAUGAUCACACGGCCUGCGUUGAUGCUGCAGCUCGCGCAGCAACUCAAGAUCCACUCGCGCGAGCACGUUCUGCAACAGCUAGACGAACGCAAGAGACUCCUAGACUGUGUGCUAAGUGAAGACCCCAAGAUAAGAGAGCGCUUCAGCCAGAUCUGCUAUCUCCCGGAUGAUGUCAGACGGCAAGCCCUGCUCGAACGGCGUCUCUGCAGCCUUUCCGCCUUUCAGCAGAGACUGAGGGGCAGCGUGCUGAAGGAGGCGCAGCAGCAGUCUAUUCCGCUGGCUGAACUCUUGCUUGAGCCACAAGUGCCUCGCAGCCUUCAGGAGCAAGCCCUCUGCUGCGGCUGCUGUUGCAUUUGCUGCUGCAAAAGUCGACACCCAGCUGCUGCAGCAGCAGCUGCUGCUGCAGACGAUGGGGCAGCAAAGGCAGCUGCAGCGACUCCAACUGCAGCCACGAGCUCGGGGACACCCCCGAGGCCCCCGGGGCCCCUGGGGCCCCCGGGGCCCCCCCCCUGUUGUGGCUGCUGCUGCGAGAAGACGUGUGCCUCCUUCACAGGAUCUCCCAGUACCGCAACUGCUGCUGCUGCUGCUGGUACACCCGCCACGCCGCAGCAGCAGGGUGCUGCAGCUCGUGCUGCUCUGUUUGCUGCCUUGGAUCCUUUGGGGUUGGCAGACACCGAGGCUCCUGAGCUCCUGCAGAAAGCGCAGCGUGCCCGUGUAGUCGUUGCAGCGGCAGUCCGUUCAGUCUUCUCAGCACACAAUUUGCUCGCAUGCCUCAGCACUCCAGCCGACAGGAGGGAGCAACUCCGGCGUGUUUGCUGGGAGCGGCUGAUGCAGCAGCAGUCCGGGUGUCUCCACAGACAGUGGCGAAGGCAGCGGGAAGGAGCUGCUCUUCUCGCCGCGGAAGCUGCCACUCAAGUCGCACAAAUCGAACAAGUUAAGCUUGCGAUCCGGGAAAGGGAGCAAAAAGAAAGAAUGCGCCUUUUGAAGGAGAACGACCUCGAGGCUUACACGCUGUUAGUGAAGCAGACAAAGAACGAACGGCUUCAAGAGCUACUGACCGCCACCGAGGAGUUCCUCGAGUCCCUUGGCCGUAAAGUUCAGCUCCAAAAGCUGGAGACUGACAAGCUCGUCGCUCAUUCUGGCUUAUCGGGAGACGCAGGAGACACUUCAGCUUCUCUAGAGGGCCCCUCGGGAGCUACCAGGAGCUGCGGCUCGCGGGAUCGCUAUUACACUCUCUCGCAUGCAGUGAGGGAGGAAGUGCGUCAGCCGCAAACGCUCGUGGGGGGCACCUUGAUGCCUUACCAAAUGGCAGGCCUGCAGUGGAUGGUUUCUCUGUACAACAACAAUCUCCAUGGCAUCCUUGCCGAUGAGAUGGGUUUAGGAAAGACCAUCCAGACCAUCGCACUGCUCGCGUAUCUCAAGGAAUGCAAACACAACUCAGGGCCCCACCUCAUCAUCGUGCCGCUCUCCACACUCUCCAAUUGGGCAGAUGAGUUUGCCCGCUGGGCUCCUUCUCUCAAAGUCAUGCUUUUUAAG